AUGGAAACAUUAGAGUGUGUUGGAUAUUCAUUAAUUGUAAAUGUUGCUGGCUCGAAUAAGGCGGACACGCAUGGCAAAUUAUGUGUGAAUAUUGAAUUUAGAACAAGAAAUCAGCGUGGAGAAAAAAAACUAAGAAAUACUCGGAUUUCUGUUUCUGAAUUUGUCGGUUUUUUACAGGAGUUGCGUAAAAUGCAAGAUGUGUGCACUGAACGUUACAGCAUAAUAUGUUUGUAUACUUUUUUACAUUAG